UCCAGCUUCUCCUCUGAUCAGCUGACUGUGAGUGUGAUGCUCUCUCUGGAAAGACCUCUGAAAUGAAAAACAACGAUUAGCUAGCCGCCUAGCUAUGAGUUGUCAACUGUGAGAAUUAGCAACGCUUUUCGUCACGUGCCCAAGCGAUUCUUUCUCAUCGUAAAUCCACUCCCUGCCCCUUCAGCCGGCCCUCUCUCUGUCCGCAGCCAUGACUGAGUUCUGGUUGAUCUCUGCGCCGGGGGAGAAGACCUGCCAACAGACCUGGGACAAGCUGGUCGCCGCCACGCGCGGCAACAACCUCUCCACCAACAACAAGUUCACCAUCCCCGACCUCAAGGUGGGAACGCUAGAUGUCCUGGUGGGACUGUCGGACGAGCUGGCAAAACUGGAUGCUUUUGUCGAGAGCGUGGUGAAGAAGGUGGCACAGUACAUGGCCGAUGUGUUGGAGGACAGCCGGGACAAAGUCCAGGAGAACCUGCUCGCUAACGGAGUGGAUCUGGUUACCUACAUCACCAGGUUUCAGUGGGACAUGGCGAAGUAUCCCAUCAAACAGUCUCUGAAGAACAUCUCCGAAAUCAUAUCCAAACAAGUGACACAGAUCGACAAUGACCUGAAGGCCAGGGCGUCGGCCUACAACAACCUGAAGGGGAACCUGCAGAACCUGGAGAGGAAGAAUGCGGGGAGCUUGUUGACCAGGAGUUUGGCUGAUAUUGUGAAGAAAGAAGACUUUGUGCUUGACUCGGAGUACUUGAUCACCAUGCUGGUGGUUGUCCCAAAAGCAAAUUACGCUGACUGGCAGAAGACGUAUGAAACGCUUGCAGAGAUGGUGGUGCCGCGAUCGACUAACCUGCUAUUUGAGGACCAGGAGAGCGGCCUGUUCAGCGUCACUCUGUUCAGAAAGGCCAUCGAUGACUUCAGGCACAAGGCCAGGGAGUACAAGUUCAUGGUGCGCGACUUCCAGUACAACGAGGAGGAGAUGAAGGCCGACAAGGAGGAAAUGACGCGUCUGUCCACCGACAAGAAGAAGCAAUUUGGGCCUCUGGUUCGGUGGCUGAAGGUGAACUUCAGUGAGGCGUUCAUUGCGUGGAUCCAUGUAAAAGCACUAAGGGUUUUUGUGGAGUCUGUCUUAAGGUACGGGCUACCCGUCAACUUCCAGGCCAUGCUGCUGCAGCCCAGCAAGAAGAACAUGAAGAAGCUGAGGGAGGUUCUGUACGACCUGUACAAGCACCUGGACAGCAGCGCGGCCGCCAUCAUCGACGCAUCUAUGGACAUUCCGGGUCUGAAUCUCAGCCAGCAGGAGUACUAUCCUUAUGUGUACUACAAGAUCGACUGCAACCUGCUGGACUUCAAGUAGAGCAGCACCCCCACCCCCCACCCUCCGCCCCCUUUACAGCAGUCCUGUUUUUCUCUGAAGUACAUAAACUAAUCUAUUUUUCAUUUACGCCCCAUCCUCUCCCAUGAUCUUCAGAUGUAGGUGAACCCCC